CAUGAUCCUCAGCGCGGUAAACAAAGGCCGGUUGUGUUGGCGCCUGCGCUGUGCAGCUCAGCUCAGCCCCGGGGGCGGGAACGGUAAUAGAGCUGAAGGUAGCGGUGUUGUUGUUGCUGCUGAUAGUGAUAGUGAGGAGCGGAAUGGCGUCCUUCCUGUCCUUUGGUGCCGCUGUGCUCAGUAAAAGGCUGGGGCUGUGCAGCUGCCGGGCCGCGCUCAGUUCCAGCAAUGUGUGCUCAGCACUUCGAAUGUUUUCACUGGAGAGAGGCUCCGUGACACCUCCAAAGCGCCCAAUGUCUGCUUACCUGCGCUAUGUUGUGGAGCAGCAUCGUGUGUUAUUGCGUCAGGCUCCAGAUUUAAAAAUAGUAGAAAAAACAAAGAAGAUUGCUCAGGCAUGGAGACACUUAACACCAGAACAAAAACAGCCAUAUGAAAUUGCUGCAAAUGAAGGGAAAUUAAAGUAUAAGGAAGAAGUGGCAACAUUCAAAGCCAAUCACACUCCAACAGAAUUGGCCAUCUUCAAAGAAGAAAAGAGAAAAAAACUGACCAGACGGAGAAUAAUGAGGCAAAAGCGGAAGCUUACCAUGUUGGGUAAACCCAAAAGAUCCCGAACAGCUUUUAAUAUCUUCAUGUCUGAACACUUUGACGAAGCCAAAGGCUCUACUGUACAGGCUAAACUGAAGAACCUGCAGGAUGAAUGGCACCGUCUACCUGAAUCACAAAAAAAGAUGUACACACAGUUAGCUGAGGAUGACAAAAUCCGUUAUCAGAAUGAAAUUAAGUCCUGGGAGGAGCAAAUGAUUGAGGCAGGACAUGAAGACCUUGUUCGCAUGAAACAGAAAGGAAGAACAAGUGCAAAACGAGCUGUGUCCAAAGUGAUUCCUACAAAAGCUAAAACCUCAAAGCCCUCUACAACUUCAAACCCGGCCAAGUCCGUCAAGAGUAAGAAGAAAGCGGAGGAAUAAAAUUGAUUUUGGAAAUCUCUCAAAUCACUGACAGUGCUAGUAACAUAUAUUGAAGACUUUUCUGAUGGUUGGUAAAGUUCAGAAGAUGCCAUGUACUAUCUGUAUUGAACAUACACCUGAAGCAUUUCAUAGGAUGUCGAAGAAGUAAUCAAUGGUUACAGAAAGCCACAAACUCAAAAUCUCUACCACAUUUAAUAUUCCAAGUACAUAAUGUGUGGAAUCCAACUUGGUCUAUUAUGUGUAAAGUUGUCGGUUUUCAUUGUUUUUAGUUUAAUUUUGUAGUGAUUUUCUUUUUUGUCAGCAAAAAUCAUAACAUCACUACCUAAGAAUGUGCAGUGCCCACACAGUGACAUCCAUCCUAUGGUGACCCUAUAACCUGGAAGUUGGCCACCUUUGAAGUUUAAAAUUACUAUAAAAAUGUGAAUUCAUUUUCUUCCAUUUUGGGGAAAAAAAAUAAAAAAUUUGUAUUGAAAUAAUUCUUCCCCACACACACACGCCAAUAAAAUCUGACAAACUACAAUGGUUAUUGUGUAACAUUUUCCACAUUAGACAUAUUAUGUUUACCAGACAUAAUUCAUAGCAGUUUUACAAAAUCCUGUUUUGAAACCUACAAAUGGCAAAACUGCUGUGAACGGAUUCUGUAGUAUAAAUGUUUUGUAAACUGAAUAAUCAAUGAAAACAAAUUGAUAGUUGAGCGAUUAUUCUUGAAUUAUGUUGUGUAAAUAAAAUUUGAGAUUUGUAAACCAA